AUGGGUUUUUUUUUUUUACGGUUUACGGGUUAUAUCUCUUCUUUGGUCCUCGAUCUUUCUAGCAUUGAACACUUUCAUGCCCUAGUAAUUGCAAUUGUCAAUCUUUCUACUAAACCGGAGUGGGAGGAUUAUAGCUACCACGUGGACAAAACGAGGCCCUUGCUAAACCGGCAGUAUCUUCGUCUGUUCAUCCUUUCUCCUUUGCUUCAAAGCGAUGGCAAACGCCACAUCGCUGUUCCUCUCUCCACUAUUCUCACCCAGGAGAACCAACGAAUUUCCCUUUCCUCAAUUCUCCAAAAGACGCUUCUUCAAUCCUCAAUUUCAACGUUACGAUCUCUCGGCUGUUGGUUCCCGCCAAAACGACCUUUCUCGGGUGACCUUCAUCCCUACAAAGUUGAAAUCUUUGGUCGUAAAAGCACAGAAUGUUGUCGUUAGAGCCCCCAUGGUUCCUCCCUACAAUGUGCUCGUCACUGGCUCAACAAAAGGUAUUGGGUAUGCCUUGGCUAAAGAAUUCCUAAAAGCAGGUGACAAUGUUGUCAUUUGCUCAAGAUCAGCUGAAAGAGUAGAAUCUGCUGUUCAGAGCCUUGGGGAAGAAUUUGGGGAGCAGCAUGUGUGGGGUACAAAGUGUGACGUUAGAGAAGCUCAGGAUGUGAAGGAAUUGGUUGCAUUUGCACAACAAAACGUGAAGCACAUUGAUAUAUGGAUCAAUAAUGCCGGUUCAAAUGCAUAUAGUUACAAACCAUUGGCAGAAGCUUCAGAUGAAGAUCUUCUUGAAGUUGUAACGACAAACACUCUUGGGUUGAUGAUAUGUUGCCGAGAGGUAUAUCAGUUUCUUUCUUCUUGCUUGGUGUGGUCUAGAUCUUGCCUGAUGCAUGGAUGUUGCUUAGGCAAUAAAGAUGAUGCUAUACCAGUCUCGAGGGGGCCAUAUUUUUAACAUUGAUGGAGCAGGUUCAGAUGGAAGACCAACCCCCCGAUUUGCAGCAUAUGGGGCAACAAAACGUAGUGUGGUACAUUUGACCAAAUCAUUACAGGUAAUGGUGAGCUUUUUUGGAUAGUGUAUAAAACAACGGUGUGUGCUGGCUUACAUACACAAAUUAUGUUUGUGGGUAAGAAAGUUCUACAUAUGGCCAUAAUUCAAUUCUCCAUCCUCCUCUUGUAGUCCGAAAUGUAUUCUAUUCAAGAAACAUAUUUUACUUUAUCCUCAAUUUUUCUGACUUCUCUAUUUGAUGUAAUUACAUAAGACUAAAAUGAACAUUUUUCUUUUCUUAAACUCACCAUUGAAAUCAGCCCUUCUCUUCUUAAGCGUAACCAUUUUUAUACAAUUCUCUCUCUCUCUCUGGCAUUUUCUUUUAAUGUUUAAUGCAAGGUUCUUUGGAUCAUUUUGCAGGCAGAGCUGCAGAUGCAAGAGGUUAAAAAUGUUGUAGUGCAUAAUCUAUCGCCAGGAAUGGUAACAACUGAUCUUCUCAUGUCUGGUGCUACCACAAAGCAGGCCAAGUUUUUCAUUAAUGUCCUAGCAGAACCAGCUGAAGUGGUAAGAAAUUUGUUUGUCCUUUUAAGAGCAAUGACAUACGAGCUUCUUAUUAUGUUAUCUAUUUUUUGUUUCACUGAUGUGUUGAGGAACAUAAAACUUAAUAACUUAAUUGAAUAACUGGAAAAAUAGGACAAACUGAAACUGUCAUUGAAUUAGCAGAAGCAUGAGAUUAAGCAGUAAGAAACAUGUUUUUUUUGGCCUCCAGGAAGAACCAUGUUAAAUGUCUUCAUUCACAAAUCUUCUUUUACCAUUCUGUUUUUUUUUGUUGGGGACGGGAUUCGUUUGACAGGUUGCAGAAUACCUGGUUCCGAACAUAAGGUCUAUCCCUACCAAUGGAUCAUGGAAACCCACUUAUAUCCGAUUCCUCACUGGAAUAAAAGCCUACUCCCAGAUAUUUUCAAGACUCGCAUUUGGUGCAAGAAGAAACAGAUAUGUGCUAGAAGAUUGAUGUGCAUUGGAGAUCAGAAUAUGAAAUUCAUGCUGCCACUUCCCUCUCUUCUAUAUUGUAGAAUUAGUAGUCUUAGGUUAGUCUCAUUAAUCUAACUGCACUGCCUUUUGUUAUAUUUCCAUUACCGGAGAAAUAAGAUCAGCAGUUCAUGUUUUCCAGGAGAAUAACAAUGAACACUCUGAACAGUUUUUUCAGUAUCUGUCUGGGAUCUAGUUGCUGGUACUUGAUAUAUAAUCUCCAUUCAGUCAUUGAACUUUCUUUCCAAAAUUAAAACAUUCAACAAAAC